AUGUCGGCCCCCAAGGAUCCCGAAAUCGCGAAGAAUGAUUUGGAAGUCACGUCGUCUAUCUCAUCUUCAAAGAAUGCCACCGCACCCAUCCCUCGCGCAGGAGAAACCAUCCAUUUGCCAAACUUUGAACACGAGAAGGCAUUGUGCCUAAAGUUUGACUUGCGCAUGCUGCCUAUGCUCGCAGUCAUGUACCUCUUCAAUGCUUUGGACAAGGGUAAUCUCGGUAAUGCGAAAACUGAUGGUAUGGAUAAAGAUCUUGGCUUCCACGGAAACCAGUACAACACCAUGUUGAGCAUCUUUUACGUGCCGUAUGUCAUCUUCGCACCGCCGAUAGGCAUGCUCGGGAAGAAGUAUGGACCACAUCGCGUACUACCGAUCAUGAUGUUCUGUUUCGGGAGUGCGACUUUGUUGGCUGCGAGUGCGAAGAAUUGGUCUGGCAUGAUGGCUCUGAGAUGGUUUUUGGGCAUGGCGGAGUCUGCCUUCUUUCCUCUGGUGAUCUACUACCUGACGACCUUCUACCGUAGAGGCGAGCUUGCACGACGACUGGCAUUAUUCUACGCUGCGUCAAACAUUGCGAACGCAUUCUCUGGUUUGCUGGCUUUUGGCGUGUUCCACAUCCAAUCCAGGCUUGACUCUUGGCGAUAUCUGUUCAUCAUCGAGGGGUCUCUAACCAUUUUAUUCAGCUUUUUUGCUUACUGGUACCUACCCAAGAAUGGUUACGAGGCUAAGUUCCUGACCGAAGACGAGAAGAGGCUCGCACACACCCGACUUCAGAUUGAUUCGUCAUCCGUAGUGGGCGAAGCCUUCAACCUUCGGAAAGCCUUGGGUAUCUUCGCUGUGCCUUCUACGUACGGCUUCCUGGCUAUCGAAAUCUGCCUUGGCGUUCCUCUACAAUCUGUAUCGCUCUUCCUCCCCCAGAUUGUUCAACGACUCGGCUACAACAAGAUCAAGACCAACUUGUACACAGUUGCACCGAAUAUUGUAGGCGCUGUCGUGCUGCUUAUCCUGGCAUUCGCAUCCGAUUACUCCCGUCUACGAUUCCCAUUCAUCGUCCUUGGUUUCCUAUUGACAUUCACCGGCUUCAUCAUAUUUGCCACGAUAGACGUAGCACAUUCCAUCCAGGUCGCAUACUUUGCCUGCUUCAUGAUGACAUGGGGCACAUCUGCACCAUCUGUCUUGCUGUCGACAUGGUACAACAACAAUGUCGCAGACGAGAAUAAGCGCGUCACUCUGACAUCCGUGGGUGUGCCCCUUGCCAAUCUCAUGGGUGUGGUGAGCUCGAACAUUUUCCGUCCGCAGGACGAACCGAAGUAUAUCCCUGCGCUUAUCACGACAGCGGCUUUUGGGGCUACUGGAGCAUUAGCUGCGUUGUUACUGGGUAUCUACAUGACGGUUGACAACAAGAGAAGAAACGCAAAGCAGGGUGUCAACCUGAGCGCGAGGGAUGUGAGCACGGAGAAGCUGAAGGAUGGCCCCAAUAACCCCGAUUCACCAGCCUGCAAAUGGGGUUUCAUCGAGGAGGAGGGGCUCCGCAUGUUCUAUGUGCAAUGUGAAGUCGUUGUCGAGCCUGGUCUUGACUGCAGCUGUGUGUCGCUCCAACCGUACUUCAUCUCUCGUCCUGAGAGCUCCAUUCUUCGAUUCAUCACUCUUCAGUCGCUCGGGCACCUCAAGCCAUCCCAUCUAAGCUCCGACGGAGCUCCAAACACACUUGUCAUGGCGGUCAAAGCCGCGGUGCCGUUCCUGGUGGCCAUGAUGCUGCUCACGGGCGUCUGCAACACACUGCUGACCAAGUACCAAGACAUGCAAUGUGUGAACAACUGCGACGCGCCCAACUCCAAAUACCGCGACCACUUCGAGCAGCCCGUGCUCCAGACGCUCCAAAUGUUCAUCGGCGAGAUGGGCUGUUGGCUCGUCAUUGGCGCCUUUUCGCUUUACCAAAACUAUGCCAGCCGCCGUGCGGGCUAUGAAGCUAUCACAGACCAUGACGGCGCUGCGACACCGGCGCUGUCAGACGAUAGCGAGACUGCGCCGAUUGCGAAUCCGCUGAGACCCGUGCAUCCCGAUGAUGAAGGCAGGAUUCCCCUACAGGGUCGGAGCAUACUGCUGUUAGCGCUGCCGGCAUGUUGUGACAUUGCAGGCACGACGCUCAUGAACGUCGGACUGCUGUUUGUAGCUGCCAGUAUCUACCAGAUGACUAGAGGCGCGCUGGUGCUCUUCGUCGGACUGUUCAGUGUCUGGUUCUUGAAGCGCCACCUUGGACUCUACAAGUGGUUCUCGCUCUUCGUGGUUGUGUUUGGUGUUGCCGUCGUUGGCCUGGCGGGCGCCAUCACUCGGGAUGACAAGGCGACCCCGUCUCACCAGGCUAUUCACGACACGGCGUCUGGGUCAGCGGAUGCCCAAAAGCAAAAGGAAGCGCUAUCACAAGCAGCCAUGACAAUCAUUGGUGUGCUUCUCAUCGCAGGCGCGCAGAUCUUCACUGCCACCCAGUUCGUUCUCGAGGAGCGCAUCAUGGAGAAGUACGCCAUGGAGCCGAUCAAAGUCGUUGGCUGGGAGGGUCUAUUUGGAUUCCUUGUUACACUGAUUGGCAUGAUUGUCCUGCACUUUGCAAUUGGCACGGGGUACUUCAACGCACGGGAGGGCCUCUACCAGAUGACGCAUUCUCGCGCCAUUGCUGUGUCUUCAGUUCUGAUCAUGAUCAGUAUCGGUGGCUUCAACUUCUUCGGUCUCUCCGUCACGCGCACUGUCUCGGCUACAUCGCGCUCAACGAUCGAUACCUGCCGUACACUCUUCAUUUGGGUCGUGUCGCUCGGUCUGGGAUGGGAGACGUUCAAGUGGCUCCAAGUCCUCGGUUUCGCGCUGCUGGUAUACGGCACGUUCCUGUUCAACGACUUGAUCAGGCCACCUCUCAAGUCGUGCGUGGAGAGGAGGCCCGAGCCUCUCUUGCCGGAGGACCCGAUGGAGCACCACUGA